GUCCGUCGUCCGGCCGACUUGACGAUCCGAAGUCGCGAUUAUUUAACUCGAUAUUUCAUAUGAAUAUUAUUUUUUAAAAAAAUUAUUAAUAAAUAAUAUUUAAUAAUAAUAACAACAAUAAAAAAAAAAAAAAUUUAUUUUACUGUGCAGACACGUAUUAUCAUCGUAAAUAAAAUUCAACAACGUAUUUAAAAUACAAGUAAUUUUAUUUUUUUAUUUUUUAAUUUCUUUAUUUUAUUUUUCAAAUUAUUUAUAUAUAUAUAUUUAAAUAAAAUUAAUUUGUUAAUAUACGAAAUAAUAAACAAAUAUAAAAAUCAAAGUAAAUAAAUAUAAAAAAAUUUACAUUUGAAAAUUUAAAUAUAAAAGUUUAUGAAUUAUAUUACUUGGAUUAAUAAUAGCUAUUGUUUAAUAAAAAUAAUAACGUGUUUUUUUUUAAUACACUAAUGUGAUUUGUGUUGCAAUUUAAUACCAGACAAGAGGAAUUAAUUUUUUUUUUCAAAUUUUAAACACAACAAUAUAAUACUUGGUACUAGUGACAGUUGUGACGUUUAUAUAUUUUUGUUUACGAAUAUUAUAUAUGCAUUUGUGAGUACUUGGCAUAAAGGUCAAACACUAAUAAAACAUUGGAGUAACAAUGGUGACAACAACAACAAUAAUAAAUUAAAAUAUAAUUAUCAAUUAAAAACAAAUUAUUAUUUUUAUUUAAUUUUUUUUUCAUUUUUAAUUUUAUUAAAAUGGGUAUUGUGAUUUUGAUGAUUCGUGUGCAUCGACAUGGUGCAACUUGACAUUAAUUAUUAUUUAAAUAAAUAAUAUCACGUGGAUUAAUAAGCAAAAAAUAUUUUUUGCACGCAUGGAAUUGCCAAAGGAGUGGAAUCAUCACGAUGAGAUGUUGCGAAUUCGUGAUUGUGUCUAUUUACUAUGUCAUGAACGUAUUAAGAUAAACAUAAAGUGUCACAACAUUAAUAAUAAAUAGUAACAACCAAUUAUCUAUUAAUAUUUUCUAUAAAUAAAUUUUAAAACUGUAAAAUAUUAUUAGCAAAGUGAAAUGCCUCGUGAAAAAAUCAAUGUGAUUAAAUUUCGCGAGCCAAAAAAACUUCGCUUAAUUUUUUAAUAAAAAAAUUUUUAAAUUAUAUAUCAAGUGUAUAUGUGUAUAAGUGUGUGAUUAAUUUUUUUUUUAUUUAUAUUUUUUUUUUCUGUGUCUAAUACAUAUAAAAAAAAAAAAACAAGAAAAAUGCAAAAAAAAAAUAUUCUUUUGAAAUAGAAAAAAAUUUAGUUGUGUCAAGGGCACAAUUUGUCCCGUCGGGGUAUAAAUAAAUAAAAAAAUAAAAAGAACGUGACGUGGUGUAUUUAGGAGUAAAAUAAAUUGAGGGGUUAUUGCACUUUGUUGAUAUAUCAAAAUAAAGGUAUGUCGAGAAGAAAGCAGGCACGACCAAGCCGUGCGAAUUUCGAGGAGGAUCCGUUGCUUGGAUCACGAAAUAAUCCAUUGACAACAAAUGAUGAUCAGCAACCAUCAACACCACAAGAUGAAAAUGAUACAGGAUCAGAAAAUGAAGAUACACAUGUAACUGGAGAAGAAGCUGUAGAUUUAACAUCAAAUAGAUCAUCACAUCAUGAAGAGGAUGAUGAUGAAAGAGAGGCAUCAGAAUCACCAAUGGAUGAAGAUGAAGAAGACGAUAAUAAUAUAGAUAAUAUUAAAAAUGAUGCUCAUAAUGAUCCUAUUGAUGAUGAUGAAAAUUCAAAAAAACAAAUUGAAAAUCUUCAAGAUGCAGAAAAUAAUAAUGAUGGUAUAUUUUCAUUGGCAUCUGGUCAUACGAGUCAUGUUACACUUGAAGCAUUACAAAAUACAAAAGUUGCUGUUGCACAAUUUGCAGCAAAAGCAUUGGCUGGUUGUGUUGAUGACUCAGCAAAACGAGAGUUUGAAUUAGUAAAAAGUACAUUACAAGAAUUACAAGAUCAACAAUCUCGUCAAAUACAAUUAAUUGAUCAUUUACAACAACAAUUAUCAAUUACACAUAAACAAUCUGGUGAUAAUAUUAAAGAAGAAGGUAGUGAUCUCACGUCAGUACUUUCAUCACCACUAGGAUUUUUAUAUCCAAAAUCAAUAUCAAGUUUAACAUUAAAUCCAUUAACAAUACCAUCAUCACUAUUACUACCAACAACUAUAACAUCACCACCAACACCAUCAACAACGCCAACGACAACAACAAUGGCAACAAAUACAUUAUCAUCAAUUGGUACAGCAAUACCAUCAUCAGCAUCAGUAGCAGCAACAUUAGCAGCAACAAUUGCAUCAAGACCAUUACUUCAUCAUCAUAAUAUGAUGACAUCAUCAAGUUGUUCAACAACAUCAACAUCACCAGUGACUGUAAUAUCAGCUCCAAGCUUCACAAGUCAUCAUGAUGAUUCUCGUUCAAAUAGUUUAUCACCAGUAUCACUUGUAUUACCAACAUCAACAACAACAACAACAUCAGCAGCAACAACACCAAUAUCAUCGUCAUCAUCAUCAUCAAUAAUUGAUACAACAGCUGCAGUACCAACGAUAACAACACAUAAUAAUAAUAAUAAUAAUCCAUCAAAUAUGUUACCAUCACAUCCAGGUUUAGCAUCAAUAUCAUCAUCAUUAGCAUCAACAAUUAUAACAAAUAAUGAUCCAUUACCACUUAAUGAACCAAAUACAUUGGAAAUGUUACAAAAACGUGCACAAGAAGUACUUGAUAAUGCAAGUCAAGGUUUAUUAGCAAAUAAUUUAGCUGAUGAAUUAGCAUUUAGAAGUGGUAAAAGUGGUUCACGUUUAUCACCAUACGAUUCAAAAUCAUCUGGUGGACGUGGUGAGCCAUUCUUCAAGCAUCGUUGUCGUUAUUGCGGCAAAGUAUUUGGCAGUGAUUCGGCACUACAGAUCCACAUUAGAUCACAUACAGGUGAGCGUCCAUUUAAAUGCAAUGUAUGUGGAAGCCGUUUCACUACCAAGGGCAAUCUAAAGGUUCACUUUCAACGGCAUACUGCUAAAUUUCCACAUGUUAAAAUGAAUCCUAAUCCUGUGCCUGAACACCUUGACAAAUAUCAUCCACCUUUAUUACAACAAUUGGCUGCCUCUGGGCAACGUUCAUUAUCAUCACCACCAUUACCACCACCUCUUCCACCACCGCUACCACCACUACCACCAUCAUUACAACAACAACAACAUCAACAACAACAACAACAACAAUCACCACCACCACCACCUCCACCACCACAGCCACCAUCAUCAUCAUCAUCAUCAUCAACAGCAACAACAGCAACGACAUCGUCAUUAUUAUUGUCAACAACAUCAACAGCAACAACAACGACAUCAUCCUCACCUAUAAUUAUUCCUGGUGGUACUCCAAAUACAACAAAUUUACAUUCACCGUAUCGUCCACAACAACAACAAUCACCUUGUUUAUUACCACCAACAACGCACGGUUUUUUAAGUCCUCAACCACCCUUACCAAUGAAUAUUGCGUUACCAAUUGCAGCUGGUGUUUUACCAUCCUUUUAUCAUCGUCUUCCAAUUAUAAAUAAUUGUAUUGGUGCUAUUAACAAUAAUAAUAAUAAUAAUAACGAUGAUGAUGAACAAGAUUUACCUGAAAAUUUAAGCAAAUCAACAACAACAACAGAAACAACAACAGCAACAACAACAAUGCCAACAGAAACAACAGCUCCAACGAUAUUAUCAUCAAGUGUAUCAACAUCAACAACAACAUCACCAUCACAUUCACCCCGUUCAUCACCUUUAUCAUUAUCCAUGCAAUCAUCCUCAACAUUACAAACUACUACCUCCUUAUUAAAUAACAAUAAUAAUAAUAAUCAUAAUAAUAACAAUAAUAAUACUCCAAUUCAUUCCUAUCAUCAACAUUUACAACAACAACAACAACAUCUUAAUCAUAGUGAAACAUCACGUGAUAGUAUUAUAAAACGUGAACAACAAUCAUCACCAGAACCAAGACCAAUGAGUUGUGAUAAUAAUAAUGAUGAUAAUAUGCAAAUAAUACCAAAAAAAGAACCAGAAGAAACAAUUGAUGAAUUACCAGAUGAAGAAUCAGAAGAAUUAUUUGAACCAUUAUCACCAGCAUCACGUAAUAGAUAUUUAGAUCAUUCAGUAUCAAUGAAUUAUCAUCAAAAUAUUAUUAAUGAACGUAUGUCACAAUCACAACAAUUUCAUCAUCAACAACAAUUACAGCUACAUCAUCAACAACAACAACAACAACAACAACAACAACAAUCAUAUGAAGAUUGUAGUAUGGAUAGUAGUAAAGUAAGUGGACAUUGUAUUGAUGAUGAUGACGAUGAUGAUGAAGAAAUGGAUGAACAACCAGAAAAUUUAUCAGCACGUGAAUCAUCAAUACGUCAUUAUCAACAAUCAUUAAAUUAUCAUAAUCAAUCUGGUGCAUCACCAGCAAGUAGUACAGCAUCAAGUGGAAGUUUACAAACAUCAUUUGCUGGUUUAUUAUAUCCUCCAGUAACAACAUUACAAAAUUCACAUAAUAAUAAUCAUCAUCAAUCACAUAAUGUUAAAUUAAAUAAUAAUGAAAAUAUGAUGGUUGAUCCAGCACGUGAUCCAGCAGUAUAUUCAAAUUUAUUACCACGUCCAGGUAGUAAUGAUAAUUCAUGGGAAAGUCUUAUUGAAAUAACAAAAACAUCUGAAACAUCAAAAUUACAACAACUUGUUGAUAAUAUUGAACAUAAAUUAACUGAUCCAAAUCAAUGUAUUAUUUGUCAUCGUGUAUUAUCAUGUAAAAGUGCAUUACAAAUGCAUUAUAGAACACAUACUGGUGAACGUCCAUUUAAAUGUAAAAUAUGUGGACGUGCAUUUACAACAAAAGGUAAUUUAAAAACACAUAUGGGUGUACAUAGAGCUAAACCACCAUUACGUGUAUUACAUCAAUGUCCAGUAUGUCAUAAAAAAUUUACAAAUACAUUAGUAUUACAACAACAUAUACGUAUACAUACUGGUGAACCAACAGAUCUUAGUUUAGAACAAAUACAAGCUGCUGAAGUUAAUGAUUUUCCACCAGGUUAUCCACCACAUCAUCCAUUAGCAUCAUUUUUACCACAAGGUUUUCCUGGUUUACAUAAUGGUCCUGGUGGUUUUCCAAUUGGUUAUCCAGCAACACGACAUUUAUCAAUGGAACAUCAUCCAUCACAUGACGAUAUGGAUAUUAAAGAUAGAAUAACAGCACAUUAUAAUCAUCAACGUUAUAUUGAUGAACAAUCAGAAGAUAUGAUGGAUGAUCAAGAUGAUGUUGAUGAUGAAAAUAAUGAAGAUGAUGAUGAUGAUAUUGAUGAUGAUGAACAACGACAACAACGACAUCAUCAUCUUCUUCUUCUUCAUCAUCAGCGUCAACAACAACAACAACAACAUCUACAACAAUUACAACAACUACAACAACAACAACAAAAACAACAACAACGUGAUAAUGAUAUUAUGUCAAAUUGUGAUGAAUCACGUGAUAAACGUGAAUUAAAUGAUAUUAAUGAUGAUGAUAAUGAUGAUAAUGAUGAUGAUAUUGAUAAUGAUGAUAAAAAGACUGAAAAAAAUGAUAAUAAAUUAAUAUCAUCAAUGCCUAUUAAUUUUUCAACAUCAUUAGCUGCACUUGAAAAUCAAGUACGUACAAUAACAACAAUGGCAACAUCAGCUGGUUCAAUAUCAUCACUUGAUAAAUAUCAUUGUAGUGAAAAAAGUACAAGUCCAGUAAGUUCAAUUAUUGGUACACCACUUGAUUUAACACCACGUGCAUCAUCAUCACCUGGAUCAAUUGUAUCAACAUCAACACCACCACCACCAUCAUCACUGCCACAAUUACCUUCAACAACUGCAACAUCAUCAACAACAACAACAGCAGCAACAACAACAACCACAGCAGCAGCAACAAAUCCAUUUGGUAUGUUUGCUGGUAUAAUACAAGCUGUAUCAUCAUCAUCGUCAUCAUCUGCAUCAUCAUCAUCAGCAUCAUCAUCACCAAAUAAUUUACAAACAUCAAAUAGUACUAUUGGUGUUGGUGUUAAUAGUAGUAAUAGUGGUAUUGGUGAUGGUAAUGGUAGUGGUAGUGGUACAACUGGUGUUGGAUCAUCAAUGAACGUGAUCAAUCCAGGAACUGGUGGAAGCGGUGGUGGAGGAGCACUUGCUUCACUAACAACAUCCUCUGUACUUGCUGCAUCAUCGACCUACAAUCCGCUCGGUCUCGCUGUUGGAGGCCCAGCAGUACGUGGCAACACAACGUGUAAUAUCUGCUACAAAACAUUUGCGUGUAAUUCAGCACUGGAGAUACAUUAUCGGAGUCACACGAAGGAGCGACCAUUCAAAUGCACUAUUUGUGACCGUGGUUUUUCAACAAAGAAUGAUGAUACAAUAAUGAGAACGUGUAAAUGUAUGGAUCAACGUGAUGGAAGUACAACAAUCCAAUUACAACAACAGAAUAAACAAAAUAAUCAGUGUGGACAGAGUGGACAGAAUACAAAAAGCAGGCGACGAAGGAACGAGGAUAAGAAGAACCGGGGGCGGACAGUUAUCGGAGGGGGGCGGGGGGCUCUGACGUCUGUCUGUGCUACCUCUGUCCACCUGCCCCCGCGGAUGCCAGCCGCCCUCGGACUUCUCGCCUCGAACCACGUCUUCCUGGGUAAUAUGAAGCAGCACAUGUUGACACAUAAAAUUCGUGAUUUACCAUCUCAUAUGUAUGGUGAUUCAAAACAAGUUGGACAAUCACCACAAUCUGGUAAUCAAGAACAACAACAACAACAAAGAUCACAAGAAUUACGUGAUCAAAGACAUCAUCAAGAUCGAGAAAGUUCACAUAGUCCAAUGGAACCAGAUGAAUCAAGUUUACCACCACCGCCACCACCACCACCAUUGCCACCAUCUGCAUCAGCACCAGCAGUGACACAACCAUCAUUGCCAUUACCAUUACCACCACCUUCAUCACCAAUGACACCUUCGUCACUUCAUGAACAACCUAUGCCAAUAAAAAGAUCACCAACUGAGGGUGAUCUUCCAGCCCCAAAGAGACCGAGCAUGUCCAGCAAACACUUGUGUCACGUUUGCAAUAAGAAUUUCUCUUCAUCAUCGGCUCUGCAAAUUCAUAUGAGAACACAUACUGGCGACAAACCAUUUAGAUGCACUGUUUGUCAAAAGGCGUUUACAACCAAAGGCAAUCUCAAGGUUCAUAUGGGAACACACAUGUGGACAAAUGGAGCAUCAAGAAGAGGCAGAAGAAUGUCACUGGAUUUACCACCACUUCCAAUAACACCAAAAGACUCGGAAUUUUUACAAAGACGACCUGAUCUUUUUUAUCCAUAUUUACCAGGUCCAGGAUUUCUUAAUGGUGUUCAACAAAAGUUGAGUGAAAUAUCAGUAAUUCAAGGAAACAAUGGUUUACCAGUAAAUCAUCCAGCAGCUGGUAAAUAUGCUGGAUUAUUUGGUUCACUAUAUGGUGGUGGUGGUGGUUUAAAUCUUAGUGUUGGAAAUGGUUUUCCCAUGGACAAAGGACCACUUGUGCCAAGUAAUAAUUCUCAUGAUGAUGGUAAACCAUUAGUACCAUCUGGCUCAAUGCUUUUUCAUACACCAUCACCAUCACAUUCACCAAGUACACCAUCAUCAAAUACAGGCAAUCAAAAUUCAGCUAGUAUACCACCAUGGAAUAAUGAAACAUUACAACAUCAUUUUGAACGUGAUGGUCCAUCAAGAGACAAUGACAAUGAAUCAACAAGUCCACCAGCACCACGUUUACCACCAACAUCAACAACAAGAGGUGAAGGACUCGCUGCGUGAGAUUAAAUUAUAUAAAAAAAAAAUUAUUUUAAAUUAUUUAACAUUUAAAAGACAUUUUAAAAAAAAAUUCGAAAAAGAAAAAAAAACAAAUUUAGUUGA